CAACCUUAACUAAUGCCACCGACAUUACGCAUCCUUAGCCUGGGGCCGAAGCUCGGACAAUGAUCAUCAUGGACUCGGAGCAGCCAGUAAUUGCUCAAGCCGAAGAAAAUUCUAUUACCUCACAACCCCUCUCAAAAAAAGCCCAAAAGAGAGCCGCAAAAGCAGCUCGUUUACAAGAGCAAAAGGCCGAACGUCGUGCACGCGAGAAGGAGGCGAAAAAACGCAAGCGACGUGAGCGUGUGGCGGAGGCAGGUAAUGUGGAGCCACGGAAGCGUCGUAAGAUGGGCGGAUUUGAUCAGACUUCAUUUGCUGCGCAAGUGGUAAUAGACCUGGGUUUCGAUGAUAUGAUGACGGACAAGGAAGUGAUCUCUUUGACUUCCCAACUUGCAUAUGCAUACAGCGCGAAUCGACGAUCAUCUACCCCGUUUACAUCACUAUUAUUUACAUCCCUCAAUGGGCGGACAAAGGCGCGGCUAGAUGCCAUAAACGAUGCUGGAUACAAGCGAUGGACGAAUACCAAGUGGUCGGAGGAAGGUUUCGAUCGAAUAUGGACAUCCAAAUCCGAUUCUUGCGACGGAGAUGAAGACUUGGAUGCCCACCGCGCGAGUGUGGUUUACCUGACUGCCGACUCCGAGGAAGAGCUAACGGAGCUCAAGGAGGGUGAAAUAUACGUUAUCGGGGGUAUUUGCGAUCACAACCGAUACAAGAAUCUCUGCCUUGACAAAGCCAAAACGUCAUUUAUCCGACAUGCACGCCUUCCUAUAGGUCGAUAUAUAGCAUCGUUAACGACGAGAAAAGUGCUCACGGUCAACCAGGUAUUCGAAAUCUUACUGAAGUGGGUUGAAACACGGGACUGGGAGCAGGCGUUCUGGAGCGUUAUUCCAAAGAGGAAGUUUCAAAAGCAAACGACCAAUCCGGAUGCAUCUCCCGAGGGAGAGCAUGUGGGAGAAAAUGAAGGUCAGGAAGUCCAGGAGGAUGCCGACGAAGCUGAGCAAGCGGCUUCGAACGAGGAUGGGGAAGAAGAUGACCAGGAUGACGGGGAUUCUAGCUCUCAACCCCAACCAGUGCUAUCUAUGGCAUGUUAAUAAUGUCUCUACCCGCACUCCUAUCGGGCGCGUAGUGCAAGUGACACGAUUCAGCACAGUUGCCGCGGAGCCAACAUACUGGGAUACAAUUUCCAUCACGAACCGCUUGCUUCUAGCUCAAGUGCUUGGUUGAUUUUUUUUUCCGUGCCAUCCUUCCGAAUCAUGCUGUAGCUAGGGGAGAACUAUAGAUAGAACAUGGUUUGAACCUGCAAUUAUUAUUCGAAGCAAACCCCUGAAGGGUAUUGUUCAGCUUCGCUUACUAGGCGCUGUCGCCAGCAUUGAUGUUCACGUUGAUUGAAUGACCCAUGAUUACAUUACCGUUAUAACCCCACG